UGUGUGUGUGUGAGUGUGAACUUGAAGGUGCCUUGAGCCUCACAGUCUUCCCGGGGGUCUUUACACGGUCUGCUUCCCAGAGGUCCUAUCUGGCGCAUGGUGCAUAGACCUUUCCAUGCGUCCCAAAGUGAGUUGGCCCUGAUACCUUGGCCCAGAGCAGAAGAGGAAGGUAGUGGCUCCAACCCUUUUCGGCAUCUGGAGAAGAGUACUGUCUUACAGGAGGCUCGUCUAUUCAAUGAAACACCCAUUAAUCCAAGAAGAUGUUUGCAUAUUCUUACAAAGAUUAUCUACUUACUGAACCAGGGGGAACACUUUGGAACUAUAGAAGCCACAGAAGCCUUCUUUGCCAUGACUCGAUUGUUUCAAUCUAACGAUCAAAUAUUGAGAAGAAUGUGCUACCUUACCAUCAAAGAAAUGGCUAACAUCUCUGAGGAUGUCAUCAUUGUCACAAGCAGUCUCACCAAGGACAUGACAGGAAAGGAAGAUGUGUACCGAGGCCCGGCCAUCAGGGCUCUCUGCAGAAUCACUGACGGAACAUUGCUGCAGGCCAUUGAAAGAUACAUGAAGCAGGCCAUUGUGGAUAGAGUCCCCAGUGUAUCCAGCUCAGCAUUGGUGUCUUCCUUACACCUGAUGAAGAUAAGCUAUGAUGUAGUUAAGCGCUGGGUCAAUGAAGCCCAAGAAGCUGCUACAAGUGACAAUAUUAUGGUCCAGUACCAUGCAUUGGGAGUCCUGUAUCACCUUAAAAAGAAUGAUCGCCUUGCUGUCUCUAAGAUGUUAAAUAAGUUUACAAAAUCCGGUCUCAAAUCACAAUUUGCUUACUGCAUGCUGAUCCGAAUUGCCAGUCGCUUACUAAAAGAAAGUGAAGAGGGCCAUGAAAGUCCAUUCUUUGAUUUCAUUGAGAGCUGCUUGCGAAAUAAACAUGAAAUGGUUAUUUAUGAAGCUGCUUCAGCUAUCAUUCAUCUUCCUAACUGUACUGCAAGGGAGCUGGCGCCUGCUGUUUCAGUUCUUCAGUUGUUCUGUAGCUCUCCGAAGCCAGCUUUGAGAUAUGCAGCUGUGAGGACCUUGAACAAGGUGGCAAUGAAGCACCCCUCUGCUGUGACUGCCUGCAAUCUGGACUUAGAAAACUUGAUCACAGACUCAAAUAGAAGCAUUGCUACCCUGGCCAUUACUACACUUCUCAAAACAGGAAGUGAGAGCAGUGUGGACAGACUAAUGAAGCAGAUAUCUUCUUUUGUAUCUGAAAUUUCAGAUGAGUUCAAGGUGGUGGUUGUACAGGCAAUUAGUGCUCUCUGUCAGAAAUACCCGCGAAAGCAUGGCGUCAUGAUGACUUUCCUCUCCAACAUGCUCCGAGACGAUGGAGGCUUUGAAUAUAAACGGGCCAUUGUGGACUGCAUCAUCAGCAUUGUGGAAGAGAACCCUGAGGCUAAAGAAGCAGGUCUAGCCCACCUCUGUGAAUUCAUUGAGGACUGUGAGCACACUGUUCUGGCUACAAAGAUUCUACACUUGCUGGGCAAAGAGGGCCCCAGAACGCCUGCUCCCUCCAAGUAUAUCCGCUUUAUUUUCAAUAGAGUCGUACUGGAAAAUGAGGCUGUUAGAGCUGCUGCUGUGAGUGCUUUGGCUAAAUUUGGGGCUCAGAAUGAGAAUCUCCUCCCAAGCAUCCUUGUACUCUUACAAAGGUGUAUGAUGGAUACUGAUGAUGAGGUCCGAGACAGAGCUACUUUCUAUCUGAAUGUGCUGCAGCAGAAGCAGAUGGCAUUGAAUGCUACAUAUAUCUUCAAUGGUCUGACAGUGUCUAUACCAGGGAUGGAAAAAGCUUUACAUCAGUAUACAUUAGAGCCUUCAGAAAAGCCCUUUGACAUGAAAUCUAUUCCUCUUGCUAUGGCUCCUGCCUUUGAACAGAAAGCAGAAAUCACACUUGUGGCUACUAAGUCAGAGAAGUUGGCUCCUUCCAGGCAAGACAUUUUCCAAGAACAAUUGGCUGCUAUUCCUGAGUUCAUGAAUCUGGGACCCUUGUUCAAGUCUUCUGAGCCUGUUCAGCUUACAGAAGCAGAGACCGAAUACUUUGUUCGUUGUGUCAAGCACAUGUUUACCAAUCACAUUGUGUUCCAGUUUGAUUGUACCAACACUCUCAAUGACCAGCUACUGGAGAAAGUGACAGUGCAAGUGGAACCAUCAGAUUCCUAUGAAGUGCUGUGUUGUAUCCCAGUCCCCAGCCUCACUUAUAAUCAACCAGGAAUAUGUUACACUCUUGUCCGUUUGCCUGAUGAUGACUCUUCAGCAGCCAUCGUCUGUCUGCCAGAUCAUCUCCUGUCCCAGCUGGGCCUUGCUUCUGCUCUACCGCCCUUCAGGUGCUCUCUGAUCACAUCAGUCCACCCUACAUUUCCCCGUUGGUCACUCCUGUCUCCCUCAGCCCUCCUCCUCAAGAGGCCUCAGUUCCAGGACCAAACCUUGGUGCUCUGCUCCCUACUCACUCAAGCCAUCGUCUGUCUGCCAGAUCAUCUCCUGUCCCAGCUGGGCCUUGCUUCUGCUCUACCGCCCUUCAGGUGCUCUCUGAUCACAUCAGUCCACCCUACAUUUCCCCGUUGGUCACUCCUGUCUCCGUCAGCCCUCCUCCUCAAGAGGCCUCAGUUCCAGGACCAAACCUUGGUGCUCUGCUCCCUACUCACUCAAGCCAUCGUCUGUCUGCCAGAUCAUCUCCUGUCCCAGCUGGGCCUUGCUUCUGCUCUACCGCCCUUCAGGUGCUCUCUGAUCACAUCAGUCCACCCUACAUUUCCCCGUUGGUCACUCCUGUCUCCCUCAGCCCUCCUCCUCAAGAGGCCUCAGUUCCAGGACCAAACCUUGGUGCUCUGCUCCCUACUCACUCAAGCCAUCGUCUGUCUGCCAGAUCAUCUCCUGUCCCAGCUGGGCCUUGCUUCUGCUCUACCGCCCUUCAGGUGCUCUCUGAUCACAUCAGUCCACCCUACAUUUCCCCGUUGGUCACUCCUGUCUCCGUCAGCCCUCCUCCUCAAGAGCCCUCAGUUCCAGGACCAAACCUUGGUGCUCUGCUCCCUACUCACUCAAGCCAUCGUCUGUCUGCCAGAUCAUCUCCUGUCCCAGCUGGGCCUUGCUUCUGCUCUACCGCCCUUCAGGUGCUCUCUGAUCACAUCAGUCCACCCUACAUUUCCCUGUUGGUCACUCCUGUCUCCCUCAGCCCUCCUCCUCAAGAGGCCUCAGUUCCAGGACCAAACCUUGGUGCUCUGCUCCCUACUCACUCAAGGUGAAUCCCAGGGUGCCACCCUCUGUCCUUCCAGGUGAUUUCUCAGCUACAUCCCUUUGCUUGCUUUGCUGUCUGCCUGGUCCAGGGUCCCUUAACCCCAUUCUGACCUUCUUGAGUCUCAUGCCUCCACCUCCUCAUCUGCUCAUGCUUCGCCUCUCUGCCCA